AAACAAACCGCGCUCCUUCUCCUUCUUCUUCUUCAUCUUCUUCUUCAUCAUCUCUUGCAUUAGAAUGACGGAGUGUGACGUGCGCGCGUCCGGAUCGCGUGUGUGUUUCUCGAGCUCUGCGUGUUUCCGAAGGGACUUCAGUUCAACAUCUCACUGAGAUCAGUGUGAGAUCUCGCUUCUGCUUCUGUUUCCACCGGCAACUUCUGUGAGCGAACACACUGACUCUCUCCUGGACUAACAUUGCGCUCCCGACUUGUGGAUGAGGAGCUUGUUUCUCUCCGGCGCGUUGAUAUGUGUGUGUUUUAUGCGUUAGAAUGAACCCUUAAACACUGACUGUGUGAUUUUUUUUGUCUCUCCGGCGGCGCAGUCCACAAUUAUUGACCGUAGUGCGGACAUUCACACACACACUUGACAGAAGAUCGUGGACAUCUCAACACUUGCCCUGACAUCAGCUGUGUCGAGCCACAGAUGUGAAUGAAAGAAAGUCAUCUGAAGAAAGAGGAAUAUACGUGUCCAAGUGAGCUGUAGUGAUGCUGCAAGUGGAAAUGAUCAUAUUCGUGGGUGUGAUUCUGUGGAUGUGUGUAUUUAGUCAAGAGCCCAGCUCAAAGGUGAUGGCUGAUCGAUAUGCUGUCUACUGGAACCGAACCAACCCUAGGUUUCAGCGUGGAGACUAUCACAUCGACGUGUGUAUAAACGACUACCUGGACGUGUACUGUCCGCACUACGAGGACUCGAUCCCCGAGGAGCGAGCCGAGCGCUAUGUGCUCUACAUGGUGAACUACGACGGCUACAGCACGUGUGACCACACCGCCAAGGGCUUCAAGCGCUGGGAGUGCAACCGGCCUCACUCGCCCAACGGCCCGCUCAAGUUCUCCGAGAAGUUCCAGCUCUUCACACCCUUCUCGCUGGGCUUCGAGUUCAGGCCGGGCCGGGAGUAUUAUUACAUAUCAUCCAUGAUCACAGAAACCGGGAGAAGGUCGUGUCUCAAGCUGAAAGUGUUUGUGAGACCACCAAAUGGCUGCGAGAAAACCAUAGGCGUUCAUGACCGCGUUUUUGUCGAUGACAAAGUAGACAAUGCAUUAGAACCAAGAGACGACACCAGUCACGAGGCCGAACCGUCCCGGAGUGACGUGUCGACUUCAGGCCUGCGACACCAGACAUCACGCCCCCUACUGGCCCUCCUGGUGCUGUGCAUCUCCGUGUUCCUCACCUUAUAGCCCCUCACCUGACCCUGAAUCAGCCCUGCAGAAACACAACACAGCGGACCGAGGGCUUGGAGAUCCACCAGGAACACUUCUGCUCUGCUUUUCUUUUGUUUUCCAAAUAUUUAAGUGGUCUUUCGCUGUCUUUUAUUAGGAAAAGUCGGUUAGCCGUGCUAAGAAGAAAUGCAGAUCACCUGUUUAACCAACCGACCAAUCAACUUUGACGGCCGCUUACGGGGGAUUGGCUGCUGGGAGGAAGGGGGCGGAGUCUGAGAU